AUGGGCUCUUCAGCUUCGAAGCCAAGCAGAAAGUUAGCAUCCUCGAUCCAAAAAGGUGCCGGAGAUGCUUUGUUGGCAAAUCGAAAGACUAAUGUCAACACUCUCCCAUCUGAAUCAUUGAAAGAGAAGUAUAUUCAACACAAUGAUCCAAACAAUGUAGAAAGCCAUUUGCCUUUGAGUAAUUCUUCCUCAUUCAGGGGUUCCUCAGCGCUUGAUACUUCAAAGUUAGCGAAAAAAAUUGGAAAGAAGCAGCAGCAGCAGCAGCAGCAGCAGCAAGAGCAAGAGCAAAUGCCCGAAGGGAAGGACGGAUUUGAUCCUCACAUUAGUCAAGAGUUUUCCGAUUCUGUAAUGAAGUUAGGUGCUCAAAUACAGUCCCAUUAUGUAGAUCCAAGGCUUAAUCAGGAAUUCUCUGCCUUGAAACAGCUUAGAAACCGUAAAUCUUUGUACAUACGAGGAGAAAAAGAGAAUGAAGAUGAAAUGAACGGUGUGUCACAAUCUUCCAGAACUAUGAUCCAUCCCAGAAGUUUAGGAGGACUACUCAGCGAUCUUAAAGACCCUAGGGUGUCUGAGGAAAGAAUUUUAGAAGAUUAUAAGUUACAUCCGGACUUUUUGAAGGAAUUAGGUACAAGAUUCAAGUUGGCUACCACUACCUUGAUUAUUAAAGAAGAAGCUAAAGAAGGGGAAGUCUUGGUUCAAAAUAGUGCCCCAAGUAACAGUGGAGAAGUUUCAGUCUCGGGCAGUCCAAUGACUUCGACUACUGCAGGUGCUAACGGCAAAGACGGUGACGAGAGCGCACAGCUCAAGGAAAUAGAUCCAGAGAGAUUGAAGCAAUUGAGGAAUAGAUUAGGGUUGGACGACGAGACUGAGAUAGAUGAGGUCCAGAAAAAGUGA